GUUUGCCAGCUGCUUGAAGAGUAGAGUAAGAAUUCAACAAGAAGUGGAAAACAGCAGAGAAACAUGGCAGAGAAAGUGAGUGGUGAAAUGUCUGAAGACAGUACGGACUCCGCUGCUGCGGUGUCGCAAGACCUUCGGAGUGUUCUGGUCACCAGUGUACUGAACCUAGAGAGGCUGGAUAAAGAUCUGUACAGAGGGACUCACCACUGGGUACCCCGUACCCGUCGUCUGUUUGGGGGUCAGAUUAUUGGCCAGGCCCUGGUGGCUGCAGCAGAGUCCGUUGGGGAAAACGUCUUUGCUCACUCUCUCCACUGCUACUUUGUACGGGCAGGAGACCCCAAGGUGCCAGUGCUGUACCAGGUGGAGAGGACCAGGGACGGUCGUAGUUUCAGCGUGCGGUCAGUGAAGGCCAUCCAAUACGGUCAGCCCAUCCUCAUCUGCCAGGCCUCCUUCCACAGUAACCAGCCCUCUCCUCUGCAGCACCAGUUCACCAUGCCCUCUGUCCCCCCUCCUGAAGACCUGCUGACGGGGGAGGAACUCAUACAGCUCUACCUCAGUAAACCAGACUUGGCUGAGAAAGCCAAACAGGGCCUGAACAAGCUGCUAGCUGACGAGGUUCCCAUAGAGAUUAAACCUGUCAAUCCUCCAGACUUCUACCGCGGCGUUGCCAUGGAACCCAAGAAGCUGUACUGGGUGCGCGCUAGAGGCCACAUCGGUAAAGGUGAUAUGAAGCUCCACUGCUGUGUGGCAGCCUAUGUGUCAGACUAUUCGUUCCUGGACACUGCUCUCCUGCCCUACCCCGGGCAGCGUGCCACUUUCUUAGCCUCUCUGGAUCACGCCAUGUGGUUCCACAACACCUUCAGGGCAGACGAAUGGAUGCUCUACGAGACUGAGAGCUCUUGGACUGGGGGCAGCAGAGGGCUGGUUCAGGGACGUCUGUGGAGGCGAGACGGGGUGCUGGCUGCCAGCUGUGCCCAGGAGGGGGUAAUCAGGGUCAAGGCCUUGACGACCAGCGCCGUGACGAACGAGAGCAAGCUAUAACCAUGACAACCUUUUAAAUGGCUAAUGAAGCCAUGUAGAGUCAGGAGACUGGCUGCGUUUAUACAGGCAGCCCAAAUAUGAUCUCUUUUCCGCCAAUUGUUUUUUUGACCAAUCACAUCAGAUCUCUUCACAUAUAUUUGUCAGAGCUAAUAUAAUUGGUCAAAAGACCAAUUAGUGAAAACAAGUCUAAAUAGAGACACCCUGCUGACAAAUGGCUGGUGGCCACGGUGUGUUAGUGAUCACCUGCUGGGUGUUGAUGAACGGCUGGUGGCCACGGUGUGUUAGUGAUCACCUGCUGGGUGUUGAUGAACGGUUCAACUUCAUCCCCAGCCUCCAUCCCCAGUCUUCAACUUCAGCCUUCAUCCCCAGCCUCCAUCCCCAGCCUCCAUCCCCAGCCUCCAUCCCCAGCCUUCAUCCCCAGCCUCCAUCCCCAGCCUUCAUCUCCAGCCUCCAUCCCCAGUCUUCAUCUCCAGCCUCCAUCCCCAGCAUUCAUCCCCAGCCUCCAUCCCCAGCCUUCAUCCCUUGCCUACAUCCCCAGCCUUCAACUUCAGCCUCCAUCCCCAGCCUCCAUCCCCAGCCUCCAUCCCCAGCCUCCAUCUCCAGCCUCUAUCCCCAGCCUUCAUCUCCAGCCUCCAUCCCCAGCAUUCAUCCCCAGCCUCCAUCCCCAGCCUUCAUCCCUUGCCUACAUCCCCAGUCUUCAACUUCAGCCUCCAUCCCCAGCCUCCAUCCCCAGCCUUCAUCUCCAGCCUCCAUCUCCAGCCUCCAUCUCCAGUCUUCACCCCCUUAUUAUGCAUCUACAAUCUACUGAACCAUGUGGUGAUGAUUAUAAUGACUUGAUUCUGACUGAAUAGAUUUUCUGACCAAGAUAAAGAUUUCCAUAUAUAUUAACUAUUUUAUAUUGAAUUAUUUUACCUUUUUAAAUGAUUUGAGAAUUGUUGUGUCCAUUGUGGUUCCAUAAGCUUCCCUUAUUAAUUGUUCAUAUUUCAAUAAUGUCUAUCUUUUCAGGAACGUACAGGAAAUCUACAGUCAGGUCCAGUAAUGAUUGACAUCCUUGAUAAAGAUGAGCAACAAAGACUGUAUAAAAUAAAUCAUUGAAAUAUUUAGCUAUAUUGUAUGCACAAAAUGUAAAUUGUUAUUUUAUCCUAGAGAUUUUGUUUAAAAGUAAUAAAAAAUCUCAAAAAGAUAGGGGUUGAAAUGAUUGGCACCCAUGUUUUCAAUACUCUAGCACCCUCCCCUUGUGAGGAUAAUGACACUGAGCUUUUCUCGAACAUGUUUUAUGAGACUGUAGAACACGUGUUCUCCAAUCAGAUUCUGUAUGGCGGAAUGGUCUAAGAUCCCUCCCAAUGUGUUCUCCAAUCAGAUUCUGUAUGGAGG